CGGUUGAUAGAUGUUGGUAAAAUCUCCAAGAUCCGGCUGCUGCAUAACAAUACAAAUCCUGAUCCAAGAUGGAGAGUUGAUUAUCUAACAAUGGAAGACAAACAUACAGGAGAGAAAUUAGAAUUUAAUUUUGAUUGUUGGAUUGGUGUCAAUGAUGGCGAUGGAACUGCAUGUAAAGAAGCCCCUGCUUUGAGAGAAAAUGAUGAACCAUUGAACGUUCAUGAAUAUGUGCUUGAAGUAUACACUGGUGAAAAGGAUGAGAGUGGUACUGAUGCUGAUGUGUUUGUUAUCAUUGGAGGAUCUAAAGGUGACACAGGAAGACGUGAUUUGAGGAAACCUACUACAGAAAAUGAGGAGAAGUUCCAGAAAGGACAGAUGGAUGCAUUUGUAAUUGAUGCAGUCAAUCUUGGUAUGGUAGGAGGUAUAUCCGUGGGUAUUGACUCAGAUGACAUUGAUAAGAAAUGGUAUCUUGAUAAAAUAGUAUUGAAAGACAGUAAGGAUGAAGACGCUAAAGUAACAGAGUUCAAAUGUCAGAAGUGGUUUGGAGACAAUGAGACAUUUGUUACCUUCUACCCAGAAGCCAAACUGAAAUGUGUUGUUCAUAGUAGUGAGAAGUCUGAAGGUAACUUGAAUGGUUCUAAAGUCUAUGUUGCUGCAUUUAUGUAUAGUGAAGAUACAGGCUUCACUGUGUCGGAUCAUGUGGUAUUAGACAACGGUCAGGAUGAUAUGUUUUCAGCCAAUAAGGUGGAUGAAUUUGAGGCUAAUUUUGGGGCUAUAAACCUGAUGGAUGUUUACAAGAUCAGAGGCUGGCUGGAUGAUGAUGAUGUACAGCCUAAUGAAGCUGGACAAAAGAAAUGCCCAUCACUACAUUUUAAAUCUAUUUGCAUGAAAUCUGAUGGUCAAGAAUUUAGCUAUGAGGUCAAUAAGUGGUUGUCAAAGACAGAGGACGACUGUGAAACUGUAAGAGAACUGCCAAUAAUAAGGACUCAGCCAGACACACUGCCAGUAUCAUCAUAUCUUAUAACUGUCUUCACGUAUGAAGAUGCUGAAUCAGGUACUGAUGCUGAUAUCUACAUUAAUAUUAUUGGUAGUCUUGGUGACACUGGUAAAAGGUGGCUAUGUAAGCCAAUCAGUGGUGGUGAAAAAUUUGAUCAACCAGGAAAGAAGCAGUAUCCUUUGGGGUCACUACAGAAAAUUACAAUAUUCAAAUCACCAGGUAAAGCAUGGUUUGUUGAUAAACUUGUCAUCAAAGAAGGUCUUGCCGCUGAACAAGAAACUGAAUUUAAAUGUGUUAGAAACCUUGGUUAUGAUAAUCCAGAUGAAACCAUAGAGGAAACAUUUGAUUUGUCAGAAGUAAGGGAGAGUAGUAAGAUUGUUGUUCCUCUUCCUGAGGAACCAACUGAAUCACAGGGAGAAUGGAAAGUUUAUGUGACAACUAAUAAAGAUGAGAAUGCUGGCACUGAAGCCAAAGUGACAUUCAUAGCCUAUGGUACAGAGGGAGUAAUUCUUGGUAACAUUGGCAGGAUUUACAAAAUUCGUCUUCAAAGUGAUAAUAGUGGGAAAAAUCCAUCAUGGUUCCUGGAAAAG